GCUGUUCAAACAGUUUUUGCUCACAGAAAAUGUGGACGAGGCACAGGUUAUAAUUGUUCAGGCAUCUGCGAAUGGACAGACUGACUGCAACUCCUUCGAACUAUUCAACAGCUUGGUACAGAGAAAACCAAUAGUGAGCAAUAGAUGGGUAAAACAAUAUCUGCUUGCUGGUACCACACUUGAUAUGGAGAACUUCAUGGUCACCAAGAUUUGUCGAUAUGGAGAAAUCUGUCACGAAAUUGAUUACCAAGGAUUUGAGUUUGAAUUAAGGGGAGACACAUGGGUUGAUAUAACCAAAGGUCAAUGUGUAACCAAAGAGUGGGUGUUCAGUUGCAUUGUGGAAGGAAAGAUGGUAUCAUUGAAGGAACAGACAACGGAUGGGGACAUUGUUUAUGAAAGCGAUAAAUUAUGUGUGAUUAAUGAACCACUGAAUAAAGUAAUUGUAGCAACGUCAGGGUCAGCUAAUGGGAAAGGCCGGUCACAGAAAGACCAAUGUUACAUAUACUGCGAAAAGCUAGAUUACAAGUUACAUACACACCUUGAGCAACAACACUCCAAUGAAAUUGAAGUAGCUAAGAUUCUCAACAUGCCAAAGAGAUCCAAAGAAAGGAGACAGGCAUGGGCGGCCAUAACUGCCAAGGGUAAUAAUCUGCACAUUACAAAAGUAAAAGAAAAAGGGGUGGGUAUCCUAAUACCUAAGUACAGACAGAGCAAAGAACAAGAUAGGAAGAAAUAUCUGAGCUGUGAGUUCUGUAGGAUGCUAAUCAUUUCGACUGACCUAUACAAACACCACAGAAGUUGUGUCAGUAAGCCUGACAGAGUAAAAAGCGAUGCCCCAGUAAAAAAUUCUAAACUGCUAGAAGCAUGUGCCUCUACUGAAAAGCAGGAAUAA